UGUCGUCACRUUUGGUUUAGAUAUAAGCAAAUAGCGCAGGCGUCGACGCAUCGUAACCUCUCAAAUCUCGACGCCCACUGCAACCUACCCGGGGCCCGAACCAGACAAAAUUGUGCAUUCAAGACUCAAGUGUUCACUACCGACACUAACACGACUUCUCGUUUCCAUAACACGGCCCGUACACGGACUCCUUGAAUCGGAAAACAAUAGAGAUAACCAUUUUGGUGUUGUAAAAUGUCGUCUUCUAAMGGAAAUCAUGGGCCUAAAGAUGUUGAAACCAUUGUGUCGAUCAUGAAGGAUUUAGGAAUACAUGAAUAUGAACAGCAAGUUUUAAAUCCCUUGCUAGAAUUUAAAUACAGAUACACAUCACACAUUCUAGAAGAAGCUAAGGCUUGUUCGAAAUUUGCCAAUAAGGAUAAAAUAGAUGCUGAUGAUGUGAAAAUGGCAAUUCAAUUGUCUCAAGAUGGUGUAUUUCGUAAUCAUCCUCCACGUGAUGAACUAAUCAAAGUGAGUUCUGAAUUAAACAAAAAACCUCUGCCUCCAAUAAAGCCGGCUAGUGGAUUGAGAAUUCCUCGAGAUGGUUCAAGUUUUUUACAAACAAAUUACAGGCUCAAAACUGAUUUGGCUAACACAGGAAAAGUAUUGAAGAAAAACACUAAAAUAACAGCUGCGGAAUUUUUGAUUGCGGCCAGAGAGACUGAAGCUGUCGGUCCUAACGAUAAUACUCCAACACAAUCUGAUCCGAAGAUGGAUGAUUUAAAUGAUUUGGACUUUGAUGAAGUUAUUGGAAAUCAGCAGGACAAUCAAAACGAUUUCAAUGAUUUCAAUUUGGAUUCUUUAUUACAAGAUCCUAAUUCAUUAUCGUUUUAAACAUACUAAAGAAAAAUAACAUUUUUUGUUUUUUUAACUUUGAGUUACUAAUCUUAUAUGAGUUAAACUUACAUUACA